AAUUUUAAUUAGAAUUGUUAAAAAAAAUUUCUAAAUUUAGAAUUCACUUUAUGUAAUAAGUUUCUUAUUUUUCUUUCAAAUUUCGAAUUCAAGGGUGGUCUUCGAUUGAAUUCGAAUAAGAAAUUUUAAUUAGAAUUGUUGAUAAAAACUUUCCAAAUUCAUUUGACUAUGUAAUAAGUUUCUAAAUUUUUCUUUCAAAUUUCGAAUUCAAGGGUGGCCUUCGAUCAUUGAUUCGAAAGGCAAUAAGAAAUUUGAAUUACAUUUGAAACGUUAAAAAUGAUAUCAAUUAAAUGAGAUUCGAGUUGAAUUUCUCCUCCUCUUUUUCUUGUUCGAUUCGAUUUUCUAAACUUCUAAAUUUAAUUUAAUAGAAAUAGAAUAAGCUCGUUGACUAUAAUAAGUUUCUUCUUUUCUCUCUUAAAUAGGACAAAUUUCGAGCAUGCUCUCACAUGUAAAAUAAAUUAUUCGAUUUGGUUCGUUAACUCGAAAGACAAUCAGAAAUUUUAAUUACAUUUAAAAAUGAUAUCAAUUAAAUAAGAUUCGAGUUGAAUUUCUUCUCCUUUUUUUCCUUGCUCGAUUGUUGAUCGAUUGAAAAAUUUUUAAAUUUAAUAAUGGAAAUAGGAUAAAUUCAUUCGUCGACCUUGCACUUUUAAAAAAUUCGAUUGAUUAGACUCGAAAGACAAUCGGAAAUUUUAAUCAACGUUAAAAAUAAUUAAAAAUAAUUUAAAUUAAACGGUAAAAAUAAUCAAUUAGAAUUAGUAAAAAAUUUAGAAUUCAUUCGUCGACUAUGUAAUAAAUUUCUUCUUUUUCUUUCAAAUUUUGAAACAAUAUUAAUUACAAAAUAUUUUGUAAAAUUUAGAAAUUUUAUACAAUAUAUAAAUUCUUUACAAUUAUACAAUUUCGACUCUUACGAGUAAAUUAUUCGAUUAACUCGAGAGACGAUCAGAAAUUUUAAUCACGCUUAAAAAUAAUAUUAAUUAUUGGUUAAAAUUUCUAAAUUUAAAAUUCUACAUUUCGAAGGCACAGUUUUAAAAAUGAAUUAUUCGAGGGACAAUCGAGAGAAAUUUUAAUUACACGUUAAAAAUAAGUUAACUCGAUUAAAUAAAAUUCCAUCGAGUUAAAUAAUCCUUCCCUCUUUUCCUCGAUUUAAAAAACUCGAGAAGAGGAAGGAAGAAAGAGAAAGUUAAGGUAGAAGAGAGAAAGCAAUUGUCGAAGAACCAGGAAGUUAAAAACAAACUACCUGAAACGACACCUGAGAUGACCUCUUUACAGCACGUGCCUGUUCUCCCCACCAAUUCCCAGGACAAGGAACAAUAAGUGACGAAACUAAAGCUGCGACUGUCUUUAUUUGGACAAUGUUUGCAUCCAACUUUACAAAUACCAUAAACACAAAUUAUUUCCAGCUGUUUCUGUUUUUGGUUGUAUAGGAAGAAUUUUACAAUGCAAUAAAAACUUUUGCAAACUUUUUUCCGCCCCUUUUCCCUUUUCUUUUGAAAAUUUGUUUGGCACUUGUAAGAAAUAGCAGACGCGGAAGAGAAUCGCGAAACGGUACCUCUUUGUUGGGCUCGAGUCAUAAAAUGGUCAUCGAGAUCUGGCCACCUUGCUCCUUUAUUAGAGGGAUUUGUUUCUAGAAAGCUUGCAACGUUGCCAAAUGUUUUGAAUAAUCUUGUCAACUUUGCCGCUUUCUAGACAUUUCUUCUUCCAAACAGUCUUCCUUCCAAACUUUUAAAGUUCCUCGAAAAUCUCGAAAUAUUCGCAAAAAUAAACCACCACCAAACAAUUCCAUAUAACAAAUAAAAUUAAAAUAAAAUAAAACAAAAUAAAAAAAUUUCACAUAAAAAAAAAAGAUUUCCAAAUAUUUCCGUAUAGCUGUCUCUCUUCCUCCAAAGAAUUCCAUAUAAUAUAAAAUAUAAUAAUAAAAUAUAUAAAUAAAAUAAAAUAAAAUAGAAAUAAAAUAAAAUAAAAAUAUCUCGAAUAUUAUAGCAUGCUGUCUCUCUUCCUCCAAAGAAUUCUAAUAAAAUUAAAAUAAAAUGAAACAAAAUAAAAAAAUUCCAUAUAACAAAAAAAAAAAGAUUCCAAAUAUUUCCAUAUUGCUGUCUCUCUUCCUCCAAAGAAUUCCAUAUAAUACAGACAAAAUAAAAUAAAAUAAAAAGAUCUCGAAAUAUUUCUAUAGCAUAUCUUUCUUCCAUCACAGAAUUCUACGUAAAAAAAAAAAAAACAAAAACAAAAGAUUUCGAAAUAUUUCCAUAUAGCUGUCUCUCUUCCUCCAAGGAAUUCCAUAUAAUAGAAACAAAAUAAAAUAAAAUAAAAAAAUCUCGAAUACUAUAGCAUGCUGUCUUUCUUCCACCACAGAAUUCUAAUAAAAUUAAAAUAAAAUAAAACAAAAUAAAACAAAAUAAAAAAAUUCCAUAUAACAAAAAAAAAAGAUUUCCAAAUAUUUCCAUAUAGCUGUCUCUCUUCCUCCAAAGAAUUCCAUAUAAUACAAAAUAUAAUAAUAAAAUAUAUAAAUAAAAUAAAAUAAAAUAGAAAUAAAAUAAAAUAAAAAUAUCUCGAAUAUUAUAGCAUGAUGUCUCUCUUCCUCCAAAGAAUUCUAAUAAAAUUAAAAUAAAAUAAAACAGAAUAAAAAAAUUCCAUAUAACAAAAAAAAAAGAUUUCCAAAUAUUUCCGUAUAGCUCUCUCUUCCUCCAAAGAAUUCCAUAUAAUACAAAAUAUAAUAAUAAAAUAUAUAAAUAAAAUAAAAUAAAAUAAAAAUAAAGUAAAAUAAAAAUAUCUCGAAUACUACAGCAUGCUGUCUCUCUUCCACCACAGAAUUCUAAUAAAAUUAAAAUAAAAUAAAACAAAAUAAAAAAAUUCCAUAUAACAAAAAAAAAAGAUUUCCAAAUAUUUCCAUAUAGCUGUCUCUCUUCCUCCAAAGAAUUCCAUAUAAUACAAAAUAUAAUAAUAAAAUAUAUAAAUAAAAUAAAAUAAAAUAAAAAUAUCUCGAAUAUCAUGCUGUCUCUCUUCCUCCAAAGAAUUCUAAUAAAAUUAAAAUAAUUUAAAUAAUUAAAAUAAAAUUAAAAUAAAAAUAAAAUGAAACAAAAUAAAAAAAUUCCAUAUAACAAAAAAAAAAGAUUUCGAAAUAUUUUCAUAUAACUGUUUCUCUUCCUCCAAAAAAUUCCAUAUAAUACAAAUAAAAUAAAAUAAAAUAAAAAUAUCUCGAAUACUAUAGCAUGCUGUCUCUCUUCCACCGCAGAAUUCUAAUAAAAUUAAAAUAAAAUAAAACAAAAUAAAAAAAUUCCAUAUAACAAGAAAAAAAGAUUUCCAAAUAUUUCCAUAUAGCUGUCUCUCUUCCUCCAAAGAAUUCCAUAUAAUACAAAAAAAUAAAAUAAAAUAAAAAGAUUUCGAAAUACUCCUAGCAUGUCUCUCUUCCACCACAGAAUUCUAAUAAAAUUAAAAUAAAACAAAAUAAAAUAAAAAAAUUCCGUAUAAAAAAUACAAUAAAAUAAAUAAAUUAAAACAAAAAAAAAAAAAGAUUUCGAAAUACUCUUAUAGCAUGUCUCUCUUCCACCACAAAAUUCUACGUAAAAUAAAAUAAAACAAAAUGAAAAAAUUCCAUAUAACAAAUAUAACAAAAUAAAUAAAUUAAAACAAAAAAAAAAAAAAAAGAUUUCGAAAUAUUUCCAUAUAGCAGUCUCUUUUCCACCAAAGAAUUCCAUAUAAUGCAAACAAAAUAAAAUAAAAUAAAAAAAUCUCGAAAUACUGCUAUAGCAUGUCUCUCUUCCACCAUAGAAUUCUACGUAAGAUAAAAUAAAACAAAACAAAAAAGAAUCUCGAAAUAUUCUCACAGCUCUCGCUCUUCCAUUAAAUAAUUCCAUAUGAAACAAAAUAAAACGGAAUAAAGAAAAGAGAUCCGACUUAUCACGCGUUCCUCCAACCUUUCGCUUCCCCGUCACAAAAUUAAGUCACUGGCCGAAAUCAUUUACGAUUCGCGACCCUCCUCCCCACAAUAUCGCCCUUUGCGGAUUAUUAUUUAUUAUCGGUGGUCUCUCCAUUCUCUCUCCCUUUCCAUCUAAGAAACUCGCGUCCAUCCCGAUCAACCGGUCUCCCCCGUAGCCACCACGUCGAACCAACCAUUAAUCACCGUUUUUUCUCCACGGUUACUUCACUAUUUAUAUAUAUAUAUAUGUAUAUCCAUCUUACUACGAUAAUUGUUUGUAAUUCAACGGUUUCCUUUCACCUUUGAUGUUUCCUCAAUUUCGCAAGAUUUCUUCGAUCGAAGAAUGCAUCUUCGUCGAGAGAUGCAGAAACUUUCUUGGUAACUCUUUCCAAAAAACUCUCCUCUCUUCUCGAGGAAAGUGCGUCGGGGAUGGAAAGUGGGAUUAAUGAAAAUACGGGGUGAGAAGGUGGGAAGCAGACGUGCUAAACGCGUAUAUAAGGAAAGAGGAAAGGGGAAGGAAGAAAGAAAGGGUGGUUGAUUAAUCGUGGCCAGAUUUCCAGAAACAGAAUUUUCCACCUUCAGAAUUCUUCUCUUCCUUCCUCUCUCCCUUCUCUCUCUCUCUCUCUCUCAAAAAAUCAAAAUUCGAAAUUCACCUACACGUCUCCUCGAGUUGAUCGAACGAAUCUCUCUUCUCCCCCGAUUAAUUUUCCCCAAUUUUCAAUCUCAAAACUUCGCCACGGGGGGAGGGGGUUCACACAUGGCACGCGACAUUGUGCUAGGUCGUGCUCCAGGGGGAGAGUUUUUGUGUGAAUAGCGUUAAUAGUGGGAGGGGACUGGAACACGGGUCCGAUGGGGGUGGCCUCGACUGGGGGGGGCAGCUGAUAGAGCUGGAGGGAGAAGGACAAACAAUGUACUCUCUCGGUACAGGCUACUACGUACUAGGGCUAGAUACUAAGGGGUAACGUUUCGUACCCCCUCUACUUUCACAACUGCACAGGAUGCUCGGUACGUGGUUGAAUCCUGUUGAACCACGCCAAUAAUACGAAGAAAGUUACGGCCCAUUUCGCCACGCGCGUGGACACUCUGGACUUCCCAAAUUUUACCAUGCGGAUUCAUUUACAUACGUCAAAACUCCUUCCGACUUGAUAGAGUCAAGUCCUGCGGCGCGUGCGAAGCUCUCUCGUUCCGAGAGAAGCUACGAAUUUACGAAACUGAUAUCAGACAGCGGAGCUGGUUAACGACACUGGUACUAAUUAAUGGAAUUGGUACUAGUCCGGACAAUCGGCAUAAGUGUGAUAACAGUGCUGGUGAAGUGGUGAAAGAAGUGCAAGUGCAAGUGAGAAGUUGAAAGCUCGUCGUCGAAAGCUCUCGGCGGCUACACCGACUGGCACACGUGCUUUUUCCCGAAGUGUAAUUCUCAGUGCUUCUGUGAACACGUGCGAUCGUGAUGAAGCCCACGAACAGGUUGUCUAAUAAUGAGAUAGAUUGCUACUGGUUAACCGUAGCCAGUUUUCUCGAAAAUAAUGACUUGAAUUUGAACGACGCACACUGCUCGACACAGCCUUGCCAGAACGAGAACUCCACGUUCAAUUACACCUACAAUGUGGAUUCGACUCAAAAUGUGGACUCCGCUCAAAACGUGAACUCGGCGCAUAACGUGAACCCGACGAGUUCCGCGCAUAACGUGAACCCGACGAGUUCCGCGCAUAACGCGAGUUCCGCACACGUUGUGGCUUCCGCGACGUAUAAUCAGGCUGGAAUGGAUGUCGAGCAGAACGGGCUGGAAUCGAGUAGCUUAUUGGAGAUGCUUUUGAAGCGCGACAAGCCGUUGGAGAACGGUUUGCAGCAGCAUAUCCAGACAGAGAAGGACAAGCCUUCGGUGGUAGUGCAGCCUGUUAUGCGAAACGGGAUUGAACGGAUAUCGCCGGACACUCCGAGCACGUCCAGUCUGUCAUCGAACGAGGGAUUGUUGCUCAUCGGCGAGGAACGACAAGGAGGAGGGAACUGCACAAUUGUGCAGUCGGUGCCGCGAAACAAUCAUUUACAAAGAUAUAUGCAUCACAAUCAAAUAUAUCCGAUACAGCAGCAGUUCAUACUCAACGGUUGCAUGCAGUCGGCAACGUCUGUGACUUACGCGCAACCAAGUUGUAGUUAUGCGAAAUUUAACAACAGUGGCGCGAAGAGGAAGCAAGCUGUUCGGAAUAACGAAUUCAUGAACGAACAACUGAUGCAACGCCAGCAGCAGUUGCAGCAGCAGCAACAAUUACAGCAUCAGCAGAUGCUGUUGCAACAGCAGCAACAAUUGCAGCAGCAGCAGCUGCUGCAACAACAGCAACAACUGCAACAUCAGCAGCUGUUGCAGCAGAACCAACAAUUGCAACACCAGCAGCACUUGCACCACCAGAUAUUGUUGCAGCAGCAGCAGCAACAAUUACACCACCACCAAUUGCACCAGCACACUCAGUUGCGGCAAACGCAAUUACAAGCUCAAUUCCAACAAUCGCGACCUCAGGCACAGCAAUUGCCACACCGGCAAUUACCACAAUACCAAUUACCACAUCAUCAAAUGCCGGAACAGCAAUUAUCACAACAACCAUUACCACAACCGCAAUUAUCACAACCGCAAUUAUCACAACCGCAAUUACCACAACCGCAAUUAUCACAACCGCAAUUAUCACAACCGCAAUUAUCACAACCGCAAUUACAACAACAGCAAUUGCCGCAGCAGACGAAUUAUUCUUGGAUGAAACCUUCGACAUCUAAGGAAUCAAAUAACGGUGGACAAAAACGUACUCGACAAACGUAUACCCGCUACCAAACCCUUGAACUCGAGAAGGAGUUUCAUUUCAACCGUUAUUUAACACGAAAUCGCCGCAUGGAAAUAGCAAAGGCUCUCUGUUUGACGGAACGUCAGGUGAAAAUAUGGUUUCAAAAUCGACGUAUGAAAGCGAAAAAAUUUAACAACAACACUGAAAAUGGAUCACAAAAGGGGACCACAAGAAAAAGAAACGCAUCUGCAUCUACUAAUCGAGCUACAAUAACAAGGAACACAGUGAACACGCCUGAAAUGUACAACACCUCAAUUAAUGGAUCUUCCUGUAUGCAAGAGCAACCGGUUCAACCAGGAUACAUCCAAUAUCAACAGCAACCGCAGCAAAGUGAGUUUAAUGGAUACACAAAACUUAUGUAAGAUUGAACUUUCUUUUUAAACCGGUCCAUUCAAAUUAUUUAAUGGAGAAGUAAUGAUAGUUUUAUUUACACCCUUUAUUUCUUCUUGUUAUCGAAUUUUUUAGAGAUCAACAUUUGUUAUAUAUUAAUAGUAAUUAAUAUAAAAUUUU